UUACAAACGGGGCAGAGACUUCAAAACGGAAAUAUUUCGGGGUCUGCGGCGUAAAAUAAAGGUAAAUAUUUACUCGCAUAUCUGUUUGAGCUGUAUUUAGUCAGUUUGUCAAAGGUUUUUAAACGCCAAUGAUUUAGAAACUCGACGUUUGUUGGUGGUUUUAAAAUAAGAAAGUUUGCUAACAGACACGUACAGUUUACUCUGAGGAUGACGGUUUUGCUUAGUUUAGUUUGUGGUUUAUUAUGGCUGCCAACACGGGAUAAUAUUCUGUUUUCAUAUAUAAAAGUCUUACAAAACAGCAUGUGUGUCUUUUUAUUCAACAGUCAUGACUGUUAAAUGUUGUCAAGGCUGUAUGUUUGCCAUCAUUACAGCUCUUAUAACCCCCAUGACAUGGACUCUGAUGAUCCCCUUACCAUCAGAGAUACACGGUUUGGACUGGGAGCUGAUAAGAAUAAGAAUAAGAAGAACUUUAUUAAUCCCCAAAGGGAAAUUCAAUUGUCGCUUGUCUCACAUAAUAUGUCUCUAAAAGUUAUCUACUAUUUACACAAGAGUUAUAAAGCCUGAUGGCUGUUGGUACAAAAGAUCUUCUGAAUCUUUCUGUCCUGCAGCGAAGAGAGAGGAGCCGUCCACCAUUGGCCCUUAGGUCCAUCAAGGUGUUGUGAAGUGGGUGAUCCAUGUUCUUUAGAAUAGUCUUCACCUUCCUCAGUGUAGAUCUCUCCACCACAUCCUCCACUGAGUCCAGCUUGAGUCCUACCACAAAGCCAGCCUUUUUCACCAGUUUGUUAAGGCAUCUUACAUCUUUGUGUUUGAUACUUCCUCCCCAGCAGACUGCAGCGUAGAACAGAACACUGUAGAUCUACACCACAGACUGGUUAAACAUUUGCAGCAUCUUACUACAGAUGUCUAUUGAUCGGAGUCUUCUCAGGCAAAAGAAGCGGCUCUGCCCCUUUCUGUAGAUGUAGUCUAUAUUCUUAGACCAGUCCAACUUAUUAUCCAGAUGUACACCUAGGUAUUUAUAUGAUGUCACCAUUUCGAUGUCCACUCCACAGGUGUUCACUGGCUGAAGAGGGGGUUUGGAUCUACAGAAGUCUAUGACCAUCUCCUUUGUCUUUGAGAUGUUGAGGAGGAGGCAGUUUUUGUGACUCCAGUCACUGAAGGCUCUUAUUAGAUCUCUGUAUUCAGCUUCUUGUCCAUUUCUGAUACAUGCCACAAUAGCGGUGUCAUCUGAGUAUUUCUGGAUGUGGCAGGACACAGUACUGUAUUUGAAGUCUGAUGACGUUAUUCUGAAAUUACUAUUAGCUCACUCAGUCUCUCACAGAGUGGUGAACCUCUAACAAUUUUCCAUCUGAGACACCCAGCCUGUUUUCUUGUUUCUGCUGUUUCUUUUUUUGUUUUUGUUUUUUUAAAGUCAAUAUCUUUUCCAGUUGCAACAUUUGAUUAAUGGUUUUUCACUAUUUCCUGUUCAAUAAAUGUACAUAAAUGAUUUUCUAUGUUGAAAUUUGGGUUGUAGUAUGUAAUCCAGAGAGAUACAUUUUACAUGGGUUGUGUUUUAAGUUUUAUGUUUUUAGAGCCACUGAAGCCUGUGUUUCAUAACUGUUAUAAGACCACCAUUUUUUUUGUCUGUGACCUUGUUUUUUUUCUCACUUCCUGCCCCUCACUGCAGGACCUUCAGCAAAGGACAAUGUCCGUCCUGAACUUCAGUCUACGGCAAGCUGCAGGACCCAGCCUUGAAAAUAUGGAGGUCAUGAGGAAUCACUGCGAGCUCUUCAGAGCAGAAUGCAGGAGGCUGAUCCUGGAAACUGAAAAAAUGUGCAAACAAAUGCAGAGUGAUGACAUCAAGAAACUUGGUGAGAGGAUGAGGACAUAGGGGGUGUCCUGGAGCAGCAUUAAACAAAAACUGAUUAAUGUUUUUUUCUUCCACUUUUCAGACUGGCGGGGCAGAGACAUCCAGUUUCUGAAGAAGGAGUUGGAGCUGAAGCUGGAGGAGAUUAUUGUGAUGAUUGAAGACCUCAUUGUGUUGCAGAGCAGGGUGGUUAAAGCUCUGGAGGCCUGCAAAGAGCCUCUGAGAGUGGCUGUUGCCUGCCAGGAUGAGAGGUCAGGCUUCAUGUUGAGAAAGUGACCUUAACUAAGCAAGAUACAAUAGAUUUAUACGAAUGUUAUAAUGACAUAACUUCAUUUGUGGAGCACUUUUUAAGUGUCCAUUGUCUGUGGUUACAAUCCUUAUGGAUUAUUUAUUUAAAGCAGGUGAGUCUUUUUUCCUAUGUCGCCUGCAGGUUGAAACGAUUACCAUCAGAGAGGCAUCAUGAUGAUGUGGACAGAGAGCUCCUGAAAGAGAGAGAGAUCACAGCGGGAGUGGAGGGCAUUCUGCAGCGUGUGGUGGAGCAGAUCACUGAGCAGAUACGGUGAGCAGGAAAAAAAAAUAUUAUUAAAGGAGCUCAGAGUGUGCGGCGCUAUAAGGAGAAUUUCACAAUUUAAUGAAAUCAGAUCCCUCAAACAUGCUGUUCUGUGUCUCAGAUUGAACCGGGUGUCCAAGCACCAGCUGGAGAAGGAUCUGAAGGAGAAGUUUGAGGCUCAGAGCAUUGACAACUCGUGCACCUUGAUGACAACCCAUUCGAUUGGCAGUGAGAAAACAUCCAAAAACACACAGAAUGUCAUGCCAAGGUGCAGAAUUGCAGACAACAUGUUAUACCAGAAUUGAACCUCUGAAAUCCUUGCCAUUGUGAAAAGAGGCUUUCAUAUUCUCUACACAUAUCUGGAAAGUCUGUAAUUUUUUAUUCCUUCUUCCCUCAGCCUGGCAGUGACUCCGAAGGAGUGGGAAAACAUCUCUGACAUCCACAUAGCCAAAGCGGAGCAGCAGAGGAAAAACUCUCUGUCCUUACAGGCUCUGGUGAAUUCCAUCCUGGAGCAGACGAGUGCUGACAUGCAGAAACAGAUCCAGGUGACGAACAAGGCCUUUCAGCUCAACAUCCAGGAGAUCAAGACAGCCAGGAGUCAGAUGGAGGAUCAGCUGGCCAAGGUAGAGGACACCCGAAUGAUGCAUGAUUUAAAGCCACUGGAUACGACAAGCCAUGCAUUUGUGUGAUGAUGUUGUGUAUGAAAGUUUUUUUGAGCUGAAACAUCUUUAACUCUAAAGUAAGAGCACAAACUGACCUGUGAGUAACAUGCUUGUCGCCUUCAGACUCUCUCUGAGAUCGUCUCUCAGCAGAGAAUCAGGGAGGAUCUCCAAGCCACCAUGACUGAGAGCCAACACGCUCUGACUUUGGCUCAGAACCGUCUGGACCUGCGGCAUACGAGGCCCGGCAAAGAGCACUGCUAUGAUCCAGCACAGGCCCAGCUCCUCGCCAAGGUUCACCAGCUCCCCACCCACAUCAACAAGUAAGUUCAGGACCUCUGGUUCCUGAUGUGGAGGAGCAGGCGAUCACCAGUUUGACACAGAGAAACUGUUGAAGAGCUGCUUUUUGGCUUAUCUCCCAUGGUGGUUGAUGAAUUUAGUAGAUCUUUUAUCUGACAGGAGACAUCAAUGAUGUGGUUUCUCUUUUCCUCGACUCUCUCAGAAUGCAAGCAGCAGUGUCUCGGUCAGAGGAGGAACAGAGGGCUCUGAUUCGCUGCCAGCUGAACCUGCAGGAAAACAUCGAGAACAAAGCAAACUCUCUCUACAUCGAUGAGGUCCUGUGUGCCCAGCACCGGAGCUCCGUUAUCAUACAAACCUUUUAAAGGGUUAGCAGCAAUAAAUCCAUAAAUCUAUAAAGCUAACCUUUUUUCACAGAUGCAAUGAUAAAAAUCCUCCUCAAAAUGCUCAAAAUGUUUAGAAUAGAAUAGAAUAGAAUAUUCCUUUAUUGAUCCCCCAUGGGGGAAAUUUUUUUUGUCACAGCAGCAUCACAAACAAAGAGUGCAAAAAUGCAGUUAUAAAAAUAAAGAUCCUAAUAUUAAGAACUUAAAUAAAUGUAAUAAUUAAGAAAAAUUUUAGAAAAAGGAAAAAGGGAGAACAAAAAUAAAACUAUCUACAAUAUACACAAUUUAAAUGCCAGAAAAAAGUGAUCGUGUGAGUCCAGUUAUUAUUACAGUUCGUUGUAAAGUCUUAUUGCAGAAGGGAGGAAUGACCUGUGGUAGUGCUCUGUCUUGCAAGUCUUGAAUCUAUUUCUCCUUUCAUGGACUUAUCAAGGUUUGUAUUUUUCCCGCUGUGUAACAACUUAACUGUGACAAAAAAGGUUAAUUUCAAAUACUCAAUAUUUCAUCCGUUCAGUUAUUCUUACAUGAAAAUUCUUACAUUAAGUGGAAUCACACCAACACUGGAGGUUGUGUGGAGUAAAAACAGUGUUUCUCCGUGUGAAUUUGCUUUUACUGGGAUAUUUUGCGUGUAUUACACAUAGACUGUAUAUACUAUGGACAACUUGGUUCCGCCUACCGCCUGUAUACAGCGUAUCCCCCGGGAGAGCUACGCAAUCCCUGAACGCCCAUAGGCUGUACCAGGUGUCAAUCAUAGAAAACAUGAACCCCCUAAUAACUUUUAAAAACGGAGCUUCACAGAAAAAAGAGGACUUGAGCACAAACCAGUC